UGACAAAUAUAUGGCUAUAUGUGUGUUUGUGUUUGUGAAAAUGAAAAAUUUGUGAUUUUUAGUUUGCUUUUUUUAAUGGUGAACGAGAAUUAGGCAAAUAGUGCACACACCAACGAAAUUGGGCGCUACGGACAGCCCCUAAAAGCAUGCUUAUGCUGCUGCAGCGCGUUUACCUAGCACAGAACAUUGCCUACAUAUACAUAGGUGCAUAAAUAUUAUGACACAUAACAAGUCAUCGCAUCGUAUUUACGCAGAUAAAUAGUUGAUUUGGCAGAAUCUCAGAGCAUUGCGUCUGCCGUGCGUUUCUCCGAAAGCCAGUCGCUAAAAAGAGCAUACAUCACUUUUGGUUGAUAGUUGAAGCAUCGAAUGAGCACAUGCAAACAAGCGAUACGCAAUAACAAUGGAUGGCGAACCGAUGUCAUUCACCACUCUGGCGCUGCUACUGCUGUUGGUGAUAGCAUUCGUAAUGUUUGCCUGCCAUUGUUUGGGACCGCGUGCAAAUACUUGGAUGCGUUCGAAUAAGGAAGAGAAGAUAGGACUAUCGAAAAAUAAACUAUUUCAUGCGAAUGGUUACAUGAUCCAUUCGGGUUCGGAAUUUUUGCUCAGCAAUAGCGGUAGCUUUAAACGUUUUGACACCAUCGACAAGGACGACUACCGACAGUCGGGCCAACAGCCAACACAGCAUGCAACCACACCGCUUUGGAACCUAGCUGGCGAGGCGGAGGUAGACGCCAACAUACCGCCACAACCACUGCGACCAGCGCCAGCACCGGGCACACAGCCUCCAGCAAGUGCCGGACAUAUAAAGACAGUGACAUUUUCAUUUCAACAAAUCAGUGAGACAACGCCGAACCAUGAAACCGGCGCACCAGGACGCAGCAAUGGUGGAGAUACGCCAUACAAGCGUUCUUCGAUGAAAUGCACGAACGCGGCCAUACCGAAACCGCUUGAUGCGCCCCCGCCACCACGGCUGUCGGCUUCAUCGUCUGCAUUGAGCGCCAGCGCCAUACCACGACCGGUGGCCAAGAGGCAGGUUUCAUUGCAAAAUGUCGGUAACGGUGCCUCGGUCAUGGGUGGACAUGUCGUGGACGCAGUCACAACUCCAACUACAAUACAGGAAACUGAAGCUUUAUCCUCAACAACUACAACUAUAACAACAACGACACAAGCGAACACAAAUGACCAACAUAAUCACAAUCAUCCGAAGACGUUAAAACGUCGUAAUUCCAGCACAAAUCCCUUUCUAUGUGAAUCCGCUGAGAGCUUACCGGAAUCAAACACUGCCUUACAACAACAACAAUCAACACAAUUCUACACAAACGCAAGCACGCAAAAUAUUGACAACAACAAUAGCAACAAUAACAAUUUAAACGGACACAUUAGCCACGGCUGCAGCGAAGCUCCAUCACCAACAACAACAAACAUGAAUGGUUCGUGUAAUCCCUUCUACAGCGAGUCAGCGCCUCGUGCAACAGACGCGAUAGCGGUUGACGCCAAUAGCACAACCCCCACAGCAUUAAGCGCGAAAUCACUACAACAACAAUUUCAAGAAUUCCGUAAUCGCUCAUUUUCCACCACAGAGGCGUCGGCGAAAGACUCCGAACUCAAGUCACUUUCAAGUGGACUGCGGCGACUAACGCAAAACUCCACCAAUCCCUUUACCGGCUUGACGCAGCGCGUACAAAAGGGGCCACACAUGCUACAGAAAACUAUUUCCGAAGACUUUCUCUUCCGCAAACUCGGUGUGAACGCAGGUGCGACCCAUAACGUGCAGACAACAGCCCAUGGCACACCGAACACGAGUGGCAAUGGCAAUACCACCUGGACCUUUGGCCGUUCAUUGUUGCGUCAAGAUUCCCUAAUGAGCCUUGGCCGACGCAAUAGCUCACAAUGUUCGCUCGAUUCGACGACCUCUGGUUCGAUGGAGGGCAUCAACUUGGAGCGAGCCAUCUCAUGUGACUCGGUGAACUCGGACACCUCAUCGGUAUUUGUCGGCGAGUUGGAUCAACCGUAUACACAGAUAACCGGCUACUUGUGUGUCGGCUUGCAAUAUGACAAAAAUUCCAUUAACGACGAGGGCAUGGAGCUCAGUGUUAUGGUGCUGGAGGCAAAGGGGCUAAUUUGUCCUUUUAACGUCGAGUCGUUAGACACUUUUGUGCGCAUUUAUCUUGUGCCAGACGAGGCAGCUGCAAUGCAGACGAAGGUUUUCAAAGACUCUGUCACGCCCAGCUACAAUGAAACAUUCAAUUUUUGGCUAAAGAAGCAACAAGGUCGUCACUCCCUGUGGUUCCAUUUGUAUCACAGUGGUGAUGCGCACACGCUAAUCGGCGAAGCAGAAAUGGAAAUCGGCGAAAUGCCACGCCCCGUCACCACAUGGAUACCGUUAACCGAUUCGCGCAAAUGCAAUGCACAAUGGGGUGAACUAAUGUUUUCGCUGAGCUACUUGCCAACAGCAGAACGCCUUACGAUUGUCGUGGUGAAAGCGAGGAAUUUAAAAACGGAAAUAAAGGAAGGUGGCAGCAAAGUGAUGACACCGCAACAGGUACAAAGCGUUUUCGUGAAGGUUUACCUUAUGAACAACGAGAAGAAAGUGCUCAAGAAGCGCACUUCACUCAAACGUCGCGAAAGCAGUCCCAUCUUCAAUGAGUCGGUGAUUUUCAGUGUGCCACCAACAAGCCUCACCACCGUGCAGUUACGUCUCACCGUUUUCGGUGUAACCGAAGCUGCCGAUGGUGGACCGCGUAUUACACCGCUGGGUCACGUGAUAGCGGGCGCCUGUACAACCGGUAAGGGACUACGACAUUGGCAUCAAAUGCUCUCUUCGCUACGCAAACCCGUAGCUAUGUGGCAUGUGCUCCGACGCGCCUCCUACCAACCGAUCUUUACGGGUGGCGCCGAAGCAGUCGUGGCGGCCAUGCAGAGCACAGCCUUACGUGCCAAGCGCAACAGUAUUAUCUAAUUAUUUUCAUAGGAACAAGGAUUUUUUUUUUUUGAGCAAAUGUUGUUGAAUGCAAGUAAAUCCCACUUUCUUGCAGAACUCAUAUGCGUUAAGACUUUUCCUGUUACUCGCAAGAGAAAACCGAAUGAACAAGAUAAAAGCACUGUAGUUCGCCCUCUCCUCCUCUCUUUUUACGCGCACAAUUUGUCCAAUCAAACUGGUUGUCCUUAAAUGCAUACUUUUAGGCAUAUAACCCCAAAUAAGACUUGUAAUUCAGUAUUUUAUAUUACUUUUCUAACUUUUUUAUAUUUAAUAACGUCUUUUUACUCAGCGACUUGCCUAAUAAAUGAAGAAACAUACUCUUUCUCUCUGCCCUCUUUCUCACUCACUUCACUAAUAACUCUCUCUAUAUACUUACAUAUAUAGUAACUAAUAUAUAGUACAUAUGUGGUUUUCCGCACAAUAUUCCUACUAUGGAUCCAGCACUCAACCAAAAUAUAGUAUAUGUAUACUCAUACCAUAUUUAUCAAACAACCUACUAUCUAAAUAUCACACCUAGUCCAAAAGCGCAACUUAUACCUUAGGAUCGCAGCGAAUGUGAAUUCAGAAUAAAGUAUGUGGCAUUGCAUUGUAUUUACAUUUAUAUAUACAUAUAUACAUACAUAAAUAUAUAAAUAUAUAUUCGUAGCAAAUGCA